ACUUAAGAGUUAAGUGCUGACUCCAACAUUUACACACUAGUGAAUCAAACUCGAGAGUUAUUUCUUUCCUUCCUCUUGGAGCUAGAUAAAUGUUACCAUCAACCCUUCAAGAAAGUUCAGCAAUGAAGAAAGCCUUGCUCGCUAAAUUCAAAGAAAAUGUUUUAUCAAUCCCCAAGAGCUAUGUCAAGUUGGGAAAAGAUGAUCCAAGAAGAAUAACGCACUCCCUCAAAGUUGCACUUGCCAUCACAUUGGUUUCAGUCAUAUACUAUGAACAGCAUCUCUAUGACAGAUUUGGGGUGAAUGGGAUAUGGGCAGUGGUUACAGUGGUGGUUGUAUUUGAUUUUACGGCAGGUGCAACUCUAAGCAGAGGUUUAAACAGAGGUUUAGCAACAUUUCUCGGUGGUGCACUAGGGUUUGGAGCAGUUUCACUGGCAAGACGCAUAGGCCAUAUCUGUGACACUCAGCCUGCAGAAUGCUUUCAUGGCCAAAAUAAACUUGCAGAAGGCAUCGUCAUUGGCAUCUCUGUCUUUGUAAUAACAUUUGGAAGUGUUUGUUUUGAAUCUUCUAAACACGGUGGGACCGUGGAGAUUAAGAAAGAUGAGUCAUUUCUUCAAGGGUAUAAAUCUGUUCUCAGUUCAAAGGGCAAAGAAGAAAUGUUGGCAAAUCUUGCCAGAUGGGAACCAAGGCAUGGGCGUUUCAGGCUUUUUUAUCCGUGGAAGCAGCACUUGAAGAUUGGAGGCCUUGCUCGAGAAUGUGCCUCGUUGAUUGAAGCUAUGCAUCCCUACGUUGACUCUGAUUUCCAAGUAGUUCUUCACAAUCUUUAAAAAACCAAAUUCAACUCUCAUAUACACCGUUUCUUUAAGUAUUUUGAAAAUGAUACAGUGAUUAUAUUUGUGUAUAAAAAAUACUUCAUAAC